UUAGUUCUAAUAUUUCCAUUUGAUUCUUUUCUGCUGGUUCAAAAUCCUCUUCUUGUCCUCUCCUGAACAUAUUAAUCCUGGUUAUCUUAAAAUCUAUAGUUGUUAUUAGCAAGAGUGUUGAUCUAAGCUUCUCGGUUGUAGUAGUAAGCGGAAACCCCACCCACAUUAUUAAAGAAUAGCAGGGAAUCUGGAUUCUCAUGUGAAAUCUGUUGGCUUUUACAUGUUGGCCACUGAUUUAAAUACCCAACCCCCUCCACCAGGGAGGCCAAUUCAAACAUUUGUUCAGGCUGUAUCCAGCCAGUCUGUUACUUCUCACCUAGACCGUGUGAAAAUUGGAAGUGGGCUAUCUCACAGUGGCCCCAUAUCCCCGCUUACGUGUUUAGAAAAGAUCCCCUGGGCUGAGGAGACAGAGAGGGAGAGAGCUGGAGGGGAAACAACACAAGUAUGACUGUUAAUGUGUCUCAGAGGGAUUUUAGAAGGUCCUGGGGAGCAGACAAAAACUCUGAACGGUUUUACAGAUCUGAGAACAGAGGAGAUGUGUGGCCCACUCCUGUGGUGAAGGUGGUGGUGAGAUGGUAUGGAAGCAGCCGUUCCAGAGUCGAAGCGUACAGCUUAUGCCAAACACAGCCUGUAGAGGUCUCCACAUGGGACAGGGACAUGACUGAGAGAGCCCCCGGUCAUAAGGAGCCAGGUAGAGGAAGGCAGGAUGUCUUAGCAAAGACUUGGAUGGAACUUUGACCUCACCCACUCACCACUCUCCUCCUUGUCCACUACUCCUUAGCCGCUCUGGCCUCUACACCCUUUAGAUAUGGCAGCCAUGUCAGGGUCUAGCCAUCUCUUGGGAAUAUUCUUCCUCCAGAUAUCCACAUGGCCCUUUAUGUCAAUUUAUUCAGGUGUUUGUGCAACUUCACCUCCUCGGUGAGUGUUCAGACAGGCCUGACCAGCCUCCCUGAGCUCGCACUCACGUCCAUCUCUUCACUUUCUAUGCCCAUUUCCCUGCUUUACUCUUCACUUGAUCUCAGCCAAAAGGCCGAGAAGCGAUCCCCUGCUUUACUCUUAUCUUUAGUGAUUAUUAGUCCUCAUCAUCUGAGGGUUCCAUAAUUGUGAAUUCACCUGCUCGCUAAAAUUUAUUUGUAGCCCCAGGUCAACCCCCACAGUGGUUCCAAAGUCAUUUGUGGACAUGCAAAGAGGAGUGAAACAGUCGAAUCACUUAAUGCACAUUCCCAGCUGAGGUUGAACAGGGAGACACUGCCUUCUGGUUUCAGUUAUCAUACUAUUAACAAGUAUCCUUUUCAUGGUCUGCUUAGUGCCACUUUUGUUGUUGUUGUUGCAUUUUUGUACUUUUUGUUGAUGAUUUCACUAUUUAAAAUGGCUCCCAGGCAGUGCUGACAUGUUAGCCAGUGUCCCUAAGCACGAGAAGGCUGUGACAUGUCUUGUCAAGAAAACACGUGUGUUAGAGAAGCAUUGUUCAGGCAUGAGUUAAUAGUGCUGUUGUGUACAAGUUCAUUGUUAAUUAACAAUAUAUAUUAACUAAGAGGCCUUUAAACAAAAAUAUACAUAUAACAAAGUUAUACGUUGAGCAGUUGACAGAAAAUGUUAUGACCAAAGGCUCAUAGGACCUUGCUUAAGUCUGUAUGUUUCCUACAAUAUUCAGUAUUUGCUAAUUCAGCAACUUUAUAGAACAUAACCGCCAUGAAUAAGGAGACUCUACUGUAUCUGGUAUUGUGUAUUAUAUAUUUGUUUAUUAUCUGUCUGUUCCACUAGAAGGUAAGUCCAAGAGGGAAGAGGCUUUGUCUAACCUGUUUGGGGCUGUGAUUAGAAUAAGGCACAUGGUAGGCAUUCAGGAAACUUGUGAAAUGAGUGAGCAAUCCUGCACAAUAAUUGUUUUUAAUUUCAGUACUGAGAAGGAGUUUAGGAAAGGGUUUGGAAAGGGGACCACUGAGAAAAAUAUUUGCUUGUUUAAGAUGAGUUGAAUCAUGCAGAUAUCUGUGGCGAGAGUCUGGGACCAGCACAUGCAAAGGUCCUGGGGCAGGAGCCCUUUGCUUGCCUGAUGUUUUCAGAAGGUGGCAGGGAGGCCAGCAUGUCUGGGGAGGAGAGGCUGGGGGAGAGGGGUAGGAAAUAAGAAUGGUAACCAGACAGAAUUUAUUCACCUCUCCACCCCCUGCACUAAGAAUUGUGUACAGAACAUAGUAGGUGUUCAGGAAAAAUGUGUUGAACAUUCACAUGUGACACGUUAAUGCCAGAGCAGGGAAUGGUGGAGAAAAUCCUGAAUAGACAAAUUAAGUUUCCUCCUAUCCCAGCAGAGUGGAGGGCUUGGAACAGAUAUUAGGUAGAGUUGUUAAACUGUCACCAGUCAAAUGGGGAUUGUGACCUCGCAUACCCGUGAGGUGAGCUACAAUUCAGCCUGCUGCCCAGGGCCGGCCUGGGUUUCAUGGGUGACUUCACAAUGGCCAGCGUGGUGCCCCGCCCACCGCCACAGUCCCAGUCCACCAUGCUAACCACCCUGUGGCUGCUGCUCAGCUUUGCUGUCCCCUUGCCAGGGUUCUAUGUCUCCUUCAGCUGUCCCGACGAGAAGCAAUGCCAAAGAGCCCUCCUCUCGGACAAUGACGUCUUCUUGCCCUGCAACUCUUCUGGGUCACAGUGGUACUUCUUCCUGCAAGACGGGACCAGCCGGUCCCACACACUCUCCAGUGCUUCCAACGUGGAAAUCAUACCUGACAGCGGCGUUCUCAUUCGGAGUCCGUUGCCCUCCCAGACGGGUUUCUACCACUGCCAGGACAAGGACGGCCUCCAAGUGGUACAGUAUGAGAUUGACUUCCAGGAUGUCAGCACCCUGCACAUAACACACAAGGGACUGGGUCAGAAGCCCCUGCGGAACGAGAGCCUGAGUCUAGGUGGCAAAGGGAUCGUCUUCACCCGCUGGGAGCCCUGGCAGGACUGUAACCGCUGUGGGGGGCUGGGCGAGCGGAAACGCCUGGGGUACUGCUACAUCGAGGAGCCCCUGCAGGAACCCAUGCCCUGCUGGCUGUAUCUGGGAGGCAGGAAGGUGUGGUCCAGCCGCAUGCGGCCCGAGAUGCAGGUGGACGCCUGCCAUGUCCCGUGCACGGCACUGACGUCGGAUUACGUCCCCUUUGACAACUUUGAGAUCACUGAGGAGUCGGGAUCCGUGUGGCUCACCUGCCCCCUGGGAUCUGUCUACAGGCCCAUCCUCUGGGAAGCCGACAACAUCCCCCUGACCUGGCAGAGCCAGCUCUCCAGCCAGGACUUGGACGCUAUUCUAGAACCUUCCAACGGCGGCAAGCAACUGCGGGUCUUCCAGCCGGCCAUUUACAAGUGCUUCGUGCAGCAGGAGCUCAUGGCCCGGUUCAACCCCGUGCCCUUUCCAGGCACGGCGGAGACUCUCAGGGAAGAGGAAGGCGGGCCACACUGGGAGAAAGGGAAGACCCAGGAGGGGAAGGCCAGCUCCAUCCUCAAGGGCCUCAAGUUGCUGCUGCUCCUGGGCACGGUCCUGGGCCUGCUGGGGGUGCUACUCAAGAUCUUCCACCCUUCCCAGGGCAAAAGCAGUGACCAGGUGCUGCUGGUGAAAUGAAGCAAGCCCUCUGUGCCCAGGA